UUCCAGAUGGAGUCCUCACUGUUGUGCUGAUUAUGGUCUCGUUGGCGUUGAUAUUCGUUCUGCUUUUGUUGCUAAGAUACUCGAGGCAAAGAUACUGUCAAGAAUUCAGAAUCGAUCUACCUGAAAUUUUCCAAAAGAAAUACAAGAACGAAGAAAUUAACAGCACAUUGGAAGAUGACUUCAAAUUACAGAUGUACACUAGCUACAGCAGUGAUAAUGAUACAGUAGACAUGGUCAACAAAUGCCAAGAGGAACGAGUAAAUGUCAAAGGUCGCCAUGAUUUUGUUGAUGGUCACCAUGCAGAGAAAAGCAAUGCUGAUUACGAAAUAAUUUCCAGUAAAAGUUCUGAUGCAGUCCACAAAAUUGAGGAACAUCCUUCACUGAAAUCAAGCUUAACCGAUUCUGGUGUAACGGAUUUAAACAACGUGGUUCACACUCCAACAAGUAAUUCCAGCUUCGAACAAAUUAUCAAGAUGGCUUCACAAGAAAGCUUAAAUUCAGUCUGGGCACAGAACAGUGACCCAAGCGAUGAGGUCAUUGAAAUGAAAUUAGACCUUCAAAAAGAAGUUGUCGAAGUUGAUAAAUUUUCAGAUAAAGGUGAAACUGAUUCGCUGCUACCGUCUGGGUAUGCAAAAAUUACAUAUAUGAAGUGUUAUGCUUGUGAUGAUAACAUGAAACAUUGUGAGGAAAAUGAAUGCAGAGAACUUGAUAGAACGGCAAUAAAUUUAACCCCAGUUUGCAGUGCCAAUGGAUGUAGAUGUCCUGAAAAAGUUGAGUUGAUUUCUGAAUAUGUGACUUGAUUAAUGAUACAUUUACAGUCCAAAAAUGUUGAAUAAGAGAAAGAAGUAAAUAUACAAUGCACUGUUUUCAAAACUGAUAUUGAUAGUUUGAAGUAAAAAUGCAAACUUGCUACAGAUUACUUAUAUGGGAAUGUAUUUGGUAAUAUUGUUUUGAAGUGGCGAAAUGAAAAUGCCGAUUUAAUUUACCUGUUUGUGAUAAUGAAGUGCAGAGUAACGAGUUGAAAUGUAAAAUUAUGUGUUCAUAUUAAAAAUAGUGAAUGAAUUUUUAUAAUGAAUUUAUGCACCACAAUUAUGCAGAAGUUAAUUCGGAGAUGUUCGCCUAGAUAUGACAAUUUAAAUCAACAGUUUUUUAUCAAAGUUAGGUACUUCUCGUACAUCGUAUUUUUUUUUGGAAUAAAAAUUAAGUAUCCUUUUAUAGCAUCGCCAAUUUGGCAUUUAGAUACAAUGAAAUAUACUCGAAGUCAACACAUUUUUUUUGGUGAUAUGCCAUUUACAGGAUUUAAUUAGAAGAACAUUUUUAUGUCAGUUUGUGAAGCAGUUCUCGUAAAUUUGUGUUAUGUUUGUUCUUUUUGUAUAUGCUGGUUUUUGUAUACUUGUCUCGUGUGGUAGAUUUAUUUUUAUAA